GUAAUCAGGAGAGUAUUUUAACCUUUGACCUACACCACAAUCACCUCUGACCUUACGAGACGAAGGAAGGACAAAGCUGCCCGAGUUCCGGUUUACGUGAAGAGAAAAACCAUCAUAGGAAGCAGAAAUGGAAGAUUCCAGCUGUGACCCAUGUGUUGAACACCCUGGGAAGGAGCUGGACUGUACUGAACAUCCUGGGAAGGAGAUGAACUGUACUAAAUACCCUGGGAAGGAGACAACGGACAUGGACCCUCAAGGCAAUAUGGGGAGGCCCAUGGUUAAAAACACUGGUGAGAAACCCUACAUGUGUAAAGAGUGUGGGUACAGUACAGCUAACAAGUCUCACUUAUCCCGACACAUGAGAACCCAUACAGGAGAAAAACCCUACAAGUGUGACCAGUGUGACUAUUCUGCAGCUCACAAGCCCUCCUUGGACCAGCAUAUGGCAACAAAACACACCGGUCAGAAACCGUACAUAUGUGGGGAGUGUGGAUACAGGACAGCUAGAAAGUAUCACUUAUCCCGACACAUGAGAACCCAUAUGAGCAUGAAACUCUACCCGUGCAACCAGUUUGACUAUUCUGCAGCACAGAACUUCACUAUUGAGAAACGCUCUUGCAAGAAAUCCUACAUGUGUGGGGAGUGUGGGUACAGGACAGCUCACAAAUCUCACUUAUCCAGACACAUGAAAAUACAUGUUGGUGAAAAACCCUACAAGUGUGACCAGUGCGACUAUUCUGCAGUACAGAAAUCCACUUUGGACAAACAUCUAGCAAAACACACUGGUGAGAAACCCUACAUGUGUGGGGAGUGUGGGUACAGAGCAGUUUUAAAAUCUCAGUUAAACCAACAUAUGAGAACCCAUACAGGAGAAAAACCCUACAAAUGUGACCAGUGUGACUAUUCUGCUGCACAGAAAUCUAAUUUAGACCAACAUUUAGCAACGCACACUGGUGAGAAACCCUACAUGUGUGGGGAGUGUGGGUACAGGGCAACUUUAAAAUGCCACUUAUCCAGACAUAUGAGAAUCCAUACAGGGGAAAAACCCUACAAGUGUGACCAGUGUGACUAUUCUGCUGCACACAAAUCUCAUUUAGACUAUCAUCUCACCAAGCACACCGGUGAGAAACCCUACAUAUGUGGGGAGUGUGGGUACAGGACAGCUUACAAAUUCAAC